AUUGGGAUAGUAGUUAACCAGUAUUCAAUUUUCAAUAAAUAAUUCCUCCUGUGAAGUUAUUUCCAAAAAUACGGCAAAAUGGGAGAGCUAAUAGAACGCCAUAUGGAAUCCAUGACGGAGGAAAUAAAUGAAAUGCGAAGAACUAAAUUAUUUUCAAUUGAAGAAACAAGACUUAUCAUGAAGAAAAGGAAACACUUUGAAUGCAAAAUUAAUGGAGCAAUGAAAAACAUACAGGAUUUCAAGGACUACAUCCAAUAUGAAAAAGUCAUACUAAAAGACAUUAAACUUCGUCGCAAUAAACUCAGAAUAGCUGACAGAAAGAGCAGCAUAGAGUUCAAAAUACUAAAGAGAAUAAAAUAUCUAUAUGAAAUUGCCACUCAAAGAUUCUCCAAUGACUUCAAUUUAUGUUUAAUGUACUUCAAGUUUUGUAAAGAAUCAAAUUACAACCAAGCUGCUUCCUUAGUGAUCCAGAACAUGAUCAAGCAUUUCGCUCAUAUCCCGGAAAUGUGGAAAGUUGCGGCUGCCUGGCACGUCAAAAAGGACGUGAACCAGGCCCUCAGCGUGAUCCUCAAAGGUCUCACCAUCCAUCAGACCUCAGAAACGCUGUUCUCAGAAGCGAUCCAGCUGGAGCUGAUGAACCGCGGGAAAGACGACUGGACGGACGGGUCUCAGAACAAGGAUCAGCUGUGCUGCCAGAAAAUACAGACUUAUGUGGAUUCCAUAAUGAAGAACAUCAGGUCGCAUCAGUUUCUGAUCAAGAUUUUAGAGCUGUUGAACCCGUACGGGUUCACGAAGAGCGUCCAGGAUAAAAUUGUGAAGAACUUGAUGGAACGGUAUCCUGAGGAGGCGGAUGUGUGGCAUGCCUUGGCACAAAGAGAAAGAAAUGGUGACCACUACGAUGAAGUUCCUGGAUCAAUGCACACUUCCAAUACGAAAUUCCGAUUGGAUCGAUGCUUCAAAAAGUACCAAGAGGGAUUUGUGAUGACCAAGAGUUGCCCUGAUCAGCAUCGGGAACUCUGGAGUUUGUACUUGGAGUUUUUGGUGGACUUGCAACUCCACAACGACAACAGCGACAUGAUCAGAAAUACUCUGCUCAAUGCUCUAAGAGACGCCAAUGACUGUCAAAUGCUCACCGAGAGAUAUUUUGUGGUGUGGGUUAAGCUGCUGAAGGAGGAAACUGACAUUCUGGAUGUUACAGAGAAAGGUUUGAAGGCGAUUCCCAAAUCGGUGGAACUGUGGAAACUAAAGCUGAAAUACGCCGUCAUCAAAGACAACGUGAAAAAUUUCAAUCAAACCUUCAAGAAGGGCGUGAUGCAACUCCAAAACAAAUCCACCCCCUUGUGGAUGAUGGCGCUGAGGUACCACAUACUGACCUCUUCUUCUGCUGUCAUCGAGAACAUUUUCAUGAGCGGGGUCCAGCAGGCUGAAGAAGUAGGAAGGAAAAUGAAGUGCGAGUACAUCCAGUGGUUGGUAUUGAAUAAAGGAAUUACAGAAGCAAGAAGGAAAUACAACGAUCUAGCCAGAACCCCACCAUUUUGCAAGGAACUCCACACGAUCAUGGCCAACUUGGAAUCACAAGAACUGGACGUGAAUGCACAAGAAUUAGAAAAAGUCUUGAGGCUGGCUUGUGAUCAGUUCGGUGGCGAAGACUCAGAUGUUUGGAUUGGUCUCAUCAGGUGUUAUUUCGAGCAUCACAAGGCUUUUGAAAGUGUUAAUUCGAAGUUCGAUGUGAACGAACUGACUUCCAGGGUUUUCAGAGAAGCUGAGAGUAAAAUUGGGCAUAACGGGCCGUUGUUGGCUGAUUUUCUGGGGAAAUAUGAUGUACUCAAAACGACGGAGUUUUAGAAUCGCAAUAGAAAUUGAAGGUU